GUACAUUUCAUCACGAGAGCGUAGUUCAACCACAAGCAGAUUUGCAGUAAGUGAGACGCAAUAACGCUGCUUGCGAGACGCAAUAACGCAGUGUCUGAUGUUUGCAUUCAACUCAGUCGUACUAUGUUUGUGAAACGUAGCAGUUGUUUUCUAUUCCGCAAUUCGAAUAUUUUACGUGACAAUUUGGUGUCGGCUAAUUUCAGUCCAAUUCAAUCAACAAAUUGUUUCAUUUCCAUUACAUCCAAAGUAAACAUGAGCUCCGAAGCACCCGAAAACCCGCAAUCGGUUUACGAUUUCAAGGUGAAAGACACAUUCGGCAACGACGUGUCAUUGGAUAAAUACAAAGGCAAAGUGCUGCUCGUCGUAAAUAUUGCAUCACAAUGUGGUCUCACCAAUACCAACUACAAAGAACUCACCGAAUUGGCUGAGAAGUAUAAAGACCAAGAUGUAAAAAUCCUGUCAUUCCCAUGCAAUCAGUUUGCAAAUGAAAUGCCGGAAAAAGACGGCGAAGAAAUGGUAUGUCAUUUGAAAAAAGCCAACGCCAAUGUGGGAGACGUAUUCAAGAAGGUCGACGUCAAUGGAGCGAAAGCAGCACCACUGUACAAGUUCUUGAAGGACAAACAAGGUGGCUUUUUUGGCGAUGGCAUCAAAUGGAACUUCACCAAAUUCUUGGUUGACAAAGACGGCAAACCAGUGGAACGAUUCGCACCAACCACAUCACCGAAAAAUAUCGCAUCCAAAAUUGAUGAACUUUUGCAAAAACUUUUCUUUCAUUCUACGCUCCAAUACCGAAUUGACAGUUCAAUUCUGUCUUUCAUACAUAACAAAUCAAAACAGUGUCCGGUGUUUGCAUUCAGUCAUACUAUGUUUCUCAAAUGUAGCAGUUGUUUUCUAUUGCGCAAUUCGAAUCUUUUGCGUGAAAAUUUGGUGCCGACUAAUUUCAGUCCAAUUCAAUUAUCAAAUCGAUUUAUAUCCACUACGUCCAAAGUAAACAUGAGCUCCGAAGCACCCGAAAACCCGCAAUCGGUUCACGAUUUCAAGGUGAAAGACACAUUCGGCAACGACGUGUCAUUGGAUAAAUACAAAGGCAAAGUGCUGCUCAUCGUAAACAUUGCAUCACAAUGCGGUCUCGCCAACACCAACUACAAGGAGCUCACCGAAUUGUCCGAGAAGUAUAAAGAUCAAGAUGUAAAAAUCCUGUCAUUCCCAUGCAAUCAGUUUGCAAAUGAAAUGCCGGAGAAAGACGGCGAAGAAAUGGUAUGUCAUUUGCAGAAAGCCAAUGCUAAAGUGGGAGACGUUUUUAAGAAGGUCGACGUAAAUGGAGAGAAAGCAGCACCGCUGUACAAGUUCUUGAAGGAUAAACAAGGCUUCUUGGGCGAUGGUAUCAAAUGGAAUUUCACCAAAUUCUUGGUUGACAAAGACGGUAAACCAGUCGAAAGAUACGCACCAACCACAUCACCGAAAAAUAUCGCAUCAAAAAUUGAUGAACUUUUGCAAAAAUAAUUGAAUAAAUAUUUCUUUAUUUUGACUGCAAUGAUAGUAAUGGAACAAAACGCUACAAUUUGACCUAGAUUUUAAGACCAUACAAGUUCUUUCAUCUUGUUUAAUUGCAUUCACACAGUUUGUUGAGUAAAACCAAAGCCAUUAAAUUCAAUAAAAUUGAAUGACCGUUUAAA